GGGGGUGGCGGGGGAGCGCCGAGAGGCGAGGAGGGCAGCCCGCCUAGCUGUCCGCUUUGCGCCGCCGGCCCACGCCGCAGUGUGUUUUGUGGACGGCGCCUUCCCGGACAGCCCUGUAGAGUCCAGCUGAGUGCCCGGCAGCCUUCGACGCGAUGUUCCGUCAGAGCUUUAACCGUUUUUGUGCUGGAGAGGAAAAACGAGUUGGUACACGCACAGUGUUUGUUGGCAAUCAUCCAGUUUCAGAAACAGAAGCUUACAUUGCACAAAGAUUUUGUGAUAAUAGAAUAGUCUCAUCUAAGUAUACACUUUGGAAUUUCCUCCCAAAGAACCUGUUUGAACAGUUUAGAAGGAUUGCAAAUUUUUAUUUUCUCAUCAUUUUCCUUGUACAGGUCACAGUAGACACACCAACUAGCCCAGUUACCAGUGGACUUCCACUUUUCUUUGUUAUAACUGUUACAGCCAUCAAGCAGGGAUAUGAGGAUUGGCUGAGACACAGAGCUGACAAUGAAGUCAACAAGAGCACUGUUUACAUUAUUGAAAAUGCAAAGCGAGUGCAAAAAGAAAGUGAAAAAAUUAAGGUUGGUGAUGUAGUAGAAGUUAGUGCAGAUGAAACCUUUCCCUGCGAUCUUAUUCUUCUAUCAUCCUGUACCACUGAUGGAACCUGUUAUGUCACUACAGCUAGUCUUGAUGGGGAAUCUAAUUGUAAGACACAUUAUGCCGUGCGGGAUACCAUUGCAAUGUGUACAGCCGAGUCCAUUGAUAGCCUCCGAGCAGCAAUUGAAUGUGAACAGCCUCAACCUGACCUGUACAAGUUUGUUGGGCGAAUCAAUAUCUAUAGUAAUAGUCUUGAGGCUGUUGCCAGGUCUUUGGGACCUGAAAAUCUCUUGCUGAAAGGAGCUACACUAAAAAAUACCAAGAAGAUAUAUGGAGUUGCUGUUUACACUGGGAUGGAAACCAAAAUGGCUUUGAACUACCAAGGGAAAUCUCAAAAACGUUCUGCUGUUGAAAAAUCUAUUAAUGCCUUCUUGAUGGUUUAUUUAUUUAUCUUAUUGACCAAAGCUGCAGUAUGCACUACUCUAAAGUAUGUAUGGCAGAGUACCCCAUAUAAUGAUGAACCUUGGUAUAACCAAAAGACUCAGAAAGAACGGGAGACUUUAAAGGUUCUGAAAAUGUUCACCGACUUCCUAUCAUUUAUGGUCCUAUUCAACUUUAUCAUCCCUGUCUCCAUGUAUGUCACAGUAGAAAUGCAGAAAUUCUUGGGCUCCUUCUUCAUUUCAUGGGAUAAAGACUUUUAUGAUGAAGAAAUUAACGAAGGAGCCUUGGUUAACACGUCAGACCUUAAUGAAGAACUUGGUCAGGUGGAUUAUGUAUUUACAGAUAAGACUGGAACACUUACUGAAAAUAGCAUGGAAUUCAUUGAAUGCUGCAUAGAUGGGCACAAAUAUAAAGGUGUAACUCAGGAAGUUGAUGGAUUAUCUCAGACUGAUGGACCUUUAACAUAUUUUGACAAAGCAGAUAAGAACCGAGAAGAACUCUUUCUGCGUGCCUUGUGUUUAUGUCAUACUGUAGAAAUUAAAACAAAUGAUACUGUUGAUGGAGCUACAGAAUCAGCUGAAUUAACCUAUAUCUCCUCGUCACCAGAUGAAAUAGCUUUGGUGAAAGGAGCUAAAAAGUACGGGUUCACAUUUUUAGGAAAUCGGAAUGGACAUAUGAUACUAGAGAACCAAAGAAAAGAAAUAGAAGAGUAUGAACUUCUUCACACCUUAAACUUUGAUUCCAUCCGCCGACGUAUGAGUGUAAUUGUGAAGACUCAAGGAGGAGACAUCCUUCUUUUUUGUAAAGGAGCAGAUUCAGCAGUUUUUCCCAGGGUGCAAAACCAUGAAAUUGAGUUAACUAAAGCCCAUGUGGAACGUAAUGCAAUGGAUGGGUACCGGACACUCUGUGUGGCCUUCAAAGAAAUUACUCCAGAUGAUUAUGAAAUAAUUAACAGACAGCUCAUAGAGGCAAAAAUGGCCUUACAAGACAGAGAAGAAAAAAUGGAAAAGGUUUUUGAUGAUAUUGAGACAAACAUGAAUUUAAUUGGAGCCACUGCAGUGGAAGACAAGCUACAAGAUCAAGCUGCAGAGACCAUUGAAGCUCUGCAUGCAGCUGGCCUGAAAGUCUGGGUGCUUACUGGUGACAAGAUGGAGACAGCCAAAUCCACAUGCUAUGCCUGCCGUCUUUUCCAAACUGGCACUGAACUCUUAGAACUCACCACAAAAACUAUUGAAGAAAGUGAAAGGAAAGAAGAUCGAUUACAUGAAUUGUUGAUAGAAUAUCGGAAGAAGUUGCUGCAUGAAUUUCCUAAAAGUACUAGAAGCCUUAAAAAAGCAUGGACAGAACAUCAAGAAUAUGGAUUAAUCAUCGAUGGCUCCACAUUGUCACUCAUACUAAAUUCUAGUCAGGACUCUAGUUCAAAUAAUUACAAAAGCAUUUUCCUACAAAUUUGUAUGAAGUGCACUGCAGUGCUUUGCUGCCGCAUGGCACCAUUACAGAAAGCCCAGAUUGUCAGAAUGGUGAAGAAUUUAAAAGGCAGCCCAAUAACACUGUCAAUUGGUGAUGGUGCCAAUGAUGUUAGCAUGAUCUUGGAAUCCCAUGUGGGAAUAGGUAUUAAAGGCAAAGAAGGCCGCCAAGCAGCCCGGAACAGUGAUUAUUCUGUACCCAAGUUUAAACAUUUAAAGAAACUAUUAUUGGCUCACGGACAUCUAUACUAUGUGAGAAUAGCACAUCUUGUACAGUAUUUCUUCUAUAAGAACCUUUGUUUCAUUUUGCCACAGUUUUUGUACCAGUUCUUCUGUGGAUUCUCACAACAGCCACUGUAUGAUGCUACUUAUCUUACAAUGUACAAUAUCUGCUUCACAUCCCUUCCUAUUCUGGCCUACAGUCUCCUGGAACAGCACAUCAACAUUGACACUCUGACCGCAGACCCGCGAUUGUAUAUGAAAAUUUCUGGUAAUGCUAUGCUACAGUUGGUCCCCUUCUUGUAUUGGACAUUUCUGGCUGCCUUUGAAGGGACAGUGUUCUUCUUUGGGACUUACUUUCUUUUUCAGACUGCAUCCCUAGAAGAUAAUGGAAAGGUAUACGGAAACUGGACUUUUGGGACUAUUGUCUUUACAGUCUUAGUAUUCACUGUAACUCUGAAGCUCGCCUUGGAUACUCGAUUCUGGACAUGGAUAAAUCACUUUGUGAUUUGGGGUUCUUUAGCCUUUUAUGUAUUUUUCUCAUUCUUCUGGGGAGGAAUUAUUUGGCCUUUUCUCAAACAACAGAGAAUGUAUUUCGUAUUUGCUCAAAUGCUAUCUUCUGUAUCCACAUGGCUGGCCAUAAUUCUUCUAAUAUUUAUCAGCCUUUUCCCUGAGAUUCUCCUGAUAGUAUUAAAGAAUGUAAAAAGAAGAAGUGCCAGGAAUCCGAAUCUUGAACUGCCUAUGUUAUUGUCCUACAAGCAUAUUGACAGUGAUUACAGCUAAAAAAAAAAAAGAAAACAUGAAGAAACCACCAAAAAAGUUAUCAUCUCAGGAUACUCAAUAUGCAACAAAAACUAAACCACUCUCUUAUGUCUUAGGGUUCAGAAUAAAUGUCCAUUAAAAUACUCUCCUAAGCAUUUACAGUUAUUAUAAUUAGCCAUUAUGGCCAAAGUUCUAAGUUAAGAAUUAUAUGAAGUUGAAAGCAAGAAUAUUUAAAAUUCUGGCUUUAGUUAGAAUAAUCUUAACUACCAAAUGGGUGCUCUUUUAACCCAUUGACUUUGUGAAUGGAUUUAAAUACAAUAGUAUAAAGUAGAAGUCAUGCAAUGGGAAUGAAUAGAUUUUACUAAAAUACAGUAUUACAUUUUUUGCUUGGCAGAAGACAUAGAGUGUUUGGACCACAUUUCUCAUUCCUGCUGAAUGAUCAUCUUAAAUUAUUUUUUUUCAAACAAAAGGAAUACUUGAAUACUGAAGGACUAGAUGGUAUCGAUGCAUCAGAUGGGAGAGUUCAUCUUUUCUGUUCACCCACAUGCUAAUUGUGUCUUAGUAGAAUAUCUUUGCCCAAAAAUACCUUGAACACUUGUGUGGGAAGUGUUGACUCUGGUUGUUAUUGUGAGACAGAAAAAAAUGUUUGUUUUUGUUUUUCUGAAUUAAGUACCACUAGUAAGGCUACUAGACUUGAAAAUAAAGCAUAAAACAUUUCAGUCAUUUAGUAGUCCCUCAAAAUAGAGAAUAAACAGAUUUUUUUCCAUUGUUUAUUUUACUGGAAACUGAGGCAAAGUGGGUAAGAUCAUUUUUAUACAAAAAUAAAGCCAUUCUAAACAUUAGCCUUUUAUCAUUUUAUGUAAAGAGACUAGAAAGAACAACUUAUUUUAAACGGUUUUUAUUUCAAAGAGGUUGCAGUCAUGCAUAUAAUGCAGCACCUUUUUUUUUAACUUGCCAAUUUGGGGAAGAGGAGACAUCCAUCCCAAGCUGGUUCUGCCUGUAGAGGUAUGACUCUGUGUCUCUCUCAUAGCUAAUUUGACCAGUGCAAGUGGUAUAAUUCUAAACUGUUAAAUUGAUCUUGGUUAGGGCCUCAACUUGCUGGACUUAGAAGACUUUAGGCUCCUAAUGAGUUCACUUAAAACUAAAUAUGAAAUGUCUUUAUUCAUUGGUAAAAUCAGACACAUUUUGGAUGUAAAUGGUCUCAGAUUUGACUGCUAAAUUAAAAUGAUCUUUUAAAAUAUUUUCAUAUCAAUUUCUACCUUUUUCUUUCUGGCAUGCCUGUACUAUUAUUAAUGUGUAGAUUGUACCUUGAUUUGGAAAAGUACUGGAUUCAAUCUCUACCAAUAUCUUUAUAUAGUCCAUAUGGCACAUAUAUUUUGUGUUAAUGUUUAGGUGUAGUUUUCUUCCACAUAUAUUUUGUGUUAAUGUUUAGGUGUAUUUUUUUUUAAUUCUAGAAAGGACAUAAUUUUAAUUAUCAGAAACCAUUUCAUCAUUACUUAUCCCUUUUAUUAUUUAAUUUGUUUUCCUCUGUCAAUAUUAUUUUUGAGUAUUUUGUUAGAUGUCAUUCACAACUGCCUAAGUGUGCUGUUUUCUGGUAGCCUGUAUUUGAGGUAAUGUGCUAAAGACAAAGUCUUUAAAUUCUUUGCCUAUCCCAAAGAGCUAAAAUGUCUAACCCAGGAAAGCUUUUGAUGUUUUGUUCUUGUUCUUGUUCUUGUUGUUGUUUUUAUAGUUGUUGCUAUGUUUUUCAGAAGAACUGUAGGGACUGAAUACAAAUAAGAGAGCCAAAGUAGGCUUGUAUAAUGCCAGAACCAUUAAAGAGUUGGCAUAAUUAGAAUAUUCAGCAUAGUAGAAAUAAAAUUGGUUGCAUGUAAAAUGUGUUGCUGCCAACAAGAAAGAGUAAAGGAGAUUUAGAGUCAUGUUUCAGCUACAUGUUACACUGAGCACUACAGGUCAAAUUUAGAAUGGCAAUGAUAUAUAAGAUCGUGGCCUAGACCCUUGAGAAGGACCUGGCUUUUUUUUGAAAGGUAUUUUUAUUAAUGAGCUAUAAAAUGGCUAGUGUGAAGUUAACAGAUGAAAUAAUUUGGAAUAAUCCAUCUAGUAUUCCUACAAUCUGACCACCCUAUUUUGUGACAGAAGGGGAGGAAAUGUAAUAACAGAACCACAUAUUUAUAAUUUGAAUAAUCUUGAGCUAUUAAAAUGUCCUGAUCAUUUUCACAACUGUUGUACACUGUUUGAGGUUGUUGCCUAUUAAACUGAAACUAUUCAUUCCAUAUCUACCACAUAUACACCAGCAACAGUAUAAAUGUAAGCCUAAAAUUUGCAAAAUUCAUAAUCUAGUGAUGAAAUUUUUUUAGUAACAGGCAGCAUAUAAAUGUUCAGAUUUUAUGCAAAUGUUGACAAAAAUCAUUUUUCAGCUUGCAAAGUGGAACUGCAAUAUUACAUUUUUCACAUAAGCAAUUUUUUACAUCUAUGUUGCUUUCUAAAACGAAUGUGAUGCCAUCUUUUUAUCAAUGCAACUUGCCUUUUUCAUUACAGAAUUUUUCUUUGGUGUAAUCAAUAAACUUUGGUAUGAUAUGAUUGA